GAGUCCGCGCCAAACAACAAGGAACACACGCAGAGAGAGAGAGAGAGAGAGAGAGAGAGAGAGAAUGGGAGCUCGAAAGAGAGCCACACCGGAGGCCGCCACGAAACCUCCUCCGCCAACCGCCGCCGCCGCCGCCGCCGCCACCACGAGCUCAACUACCGAACCUCCGAUCGCUCCUCCAAAGGCGGGCCAAAUCCUGACAACCUCUCUCAUCUUCUUCGUCCCCUACGCCUACCUCAUCUUCUCUCACUACAACAUCGAGCCAGACCUCAAGCGAUCGAUCCUCAUCAACGCCAUCCUUAGCUCCGUCGCCUUUUUGGUAACCCUAAGCAUGAUUCCCGUGGCCUCUAGGUACGUCUUGAGGCGCAAUUUGUUUGGCUACGACAUCAACAAGAAGGGCACGCCUCAAGGUUCAGUCAAAGUGCCUGAGUCACUGGGUAUUGUUGUUGGGAUUGUUUUCUUGGUGUUUGCAAUCUUAUUUCAGCAUUUUAACUUCACAUCAGAUUCAAUUUGGCUUGUCGAGUAUAAUGCAGCUUUGGCAUCCAUAUGCUUUAUGAUUUUGCUUGGAUUUGUAGAUGAUGUUCUUGAUGUCCCUUGGAGAGUGAAAUUAGUAUUGCCGUCAAUUGCUGCUCUUCCUCUAUUGAUGGCCUAUGCUGGACAUACAACUAUUGUUAUACCAAAGCCCCUCGUGCCGUAUCUCGGGCUUGAGAUUUUGGAUUUAGGGUGGAUAUACAAGCUAUAUAUGUGGCUUCUGGCUAUAUUUUGCACGAACUCUAUCAAUAUUCAUGCUGGUAUAAAUGGCCUUGAAGUUGGGCAGACAAUUGUUAUUUCGUGUGCUAUUCUAGUGCAUAAUGUAAUGCAAAUUGGAGUAUCCUCUGACCCAGAGUAUAAACAGGCUCAUGCAUUCUCUAUUUACCUUGUUCAACCAUUGCUUGCUACAUCUAUGGCUUUAUUUUCUUACAACUGGUAUCCUUCAUCAGUUUUUGUUGGUGACACCUACACAUACUUCGCUGGAAUGACUAUGGCUGUAGCUGGCAUUCUAGGCCACUUUAGUGAAACACUUCUGAUAUUCUUCAUUCCUCAAGUUUUGAACUUCCUUUUAUCUCUCCCUCAGCUUUCUGGCUAUAUUCCUUGUCCACGACAUCGGCUGCCCAGGUUUGACCCUCAGACCGGACUGCUAACUGGGACAAAUGAUGGGACACUCGUAAACUUGUUCUUAAGACAAUUUGGCAGGAAGUCAGAAAAUUCGCUUUGCAUCCUUCUACUUGUCUUCCAGGCCAUCUGUUGCUGCUUCUGUUUCUUGCUGAGGUGGUUCCUGGCUGGUUGGUACAAAUGAGGUGGCAGCUUAAGAGGAAACAAUCUUUAGUGUGGUCACAUUCCUGCGGUAUUACCUCACCGGAUAGGCUUUUUGUACUUUAUAUUCUUCCCUCUCUGGGAAUCAGAGAAACUUAGUUAAACCUAUUGGGAGAACACGGACGACCUAUAGCUGAGAUAAAGAAAAACCACGACACACUGAAAAGGUGGAUACGAUUUUUAUUUUGCUCACUAAUGCCGGGAGAUUUUUUUUUUGAACACUGAGAAAUUCAGAAGUGGGAGAGUUUUUGACAUGAUGACGGACAAUAGUUUUUAUCUGUAGUAAUCCAAGUUAAGGAUUGUACGCUCAUACUUGAAAUGACCAUGGUUAUGAAUCCAAUCCUGACUUCAAAAA